AUGUCGAUCAGUGUGACUCUUACGAAGGUGUGGAAUUUACCUGGUCGCAGUGACAGGAAGGUCACACUCAAAUUCAGAGGUUUCAGUCACAAAACGAGGAUUCUUCAGAGCGAGGAAACAGCCGUCUUCAAUGAGUAUUUUCGCUGGCCUCACUACGUUAACUUGGGCAAAGAUGAAGUACUAUCUGUCUGUGUCUACAACUGCAGCAGAAUCUUCUCCAACAGACUCCUGGGUCAGUUGGAGAUCAGUCUGCAGCAUGUGUUAACAUCAGGGCGGUUAAUUCUCAGAGAACCUCUCACUGACGCCAACUACAGUCUCACAAAUAUUUACAUUGAGUUGGACAUCAGGUACCACCCGGUUCAAGGAUCUGCAGGAAAUUGGGAUGGUCAAGACUUCAUCCGACUAGAAGACAAAGACCAUUCACUUGUGAUCAGAAAUGACGCUUUUGAUGAUAUUGAGAGUCAGCUGUCAGGGAUCCGUCCCAUCCAAUUAGAGCGCGAAGUUCGGCGCUUAGGGAGGGAGUUAGUGACAAGUGGUGAAGAUGAUUAUGACAGCGAUGAAGACUGGGACGAAGACUACACUGAGUUGGAAGCGGUCACGUCCACACAACUGUUCAGUCGUUGCAGAGCUCUGUCCAAGAGAGAAGCAGCAGCCACUCCCAAAGUCCAGAGUUUUCAGAUAAGUGUGAAUGUUCUGGAGGCUCAGAAGCUGGCUGGAGUCAAUAUAAAUCCAGUCGUGUUUAUCCGAGUCGGGAAUCACAAAAAACACACAGCCACUCAGAAGUCCACCAACUGUCCAUUCUAUAAUGAGAAUUUUGUGUUCGAGCUUCAGGAGGCUCCAGAGAUGCUCUUCGACAAAGUCAUCGAGAUCAAGGUGUUUCACAGAAAAACGCUGCCAUUUCUCUUGGAUCUGAUUGGAUUGUUCAAAAUGGAUAUAAGGACUGUCUUCAACCAACCAGAUCAGCGCUUCUACCAGCAGUGGGCUCCGCUGAGUGACCCCACCGACACACGCUCUGGGGUCAAAGGUUACGUGAGGGCGACGGUUGGUGUCCUGAUGAAGGGGGACAGUCUGGGCACCAGCAUCGAACCGGGGUCCCAUUCCCACGGAUCGCCUGAAAUCGAGAAAAACCUGAUGCUUCCUCGGGGCAUGUCUAAAGAGCGGCCCUGGGCCCGGUUCAGGGUCCGGAUUUACCGAGCCGAGGGCCUCCCCACUAUGGACUCUGGACUCAUGGCCAAGAUGGACGUGUCUGACCGCACGGUCUUCAUCGACCCGUACGUGCAGGUCACCUUCUGUGGGCAGCAGGGUGAGACCUCUGUUGCUGGGGCGAGCAGUUUUCCCGUUUGGAAUGAAGAGAUUUUGUUCAUCGAGCAGUUUCCUCCUUUAGCUCAGCGAAUCAAAAUCCAGAUCCUCGAUGACUCAAAGACCGGAGAUGUCGCUUUGGCAACGCACUUCCUGGACCUGCAGCAGAUCUCAGACCCAACCAGGAAUGGUUUUAAUCCCACAUUUGGUCCAAGUUGGGUGAAUUUGUACGGAUCCCCUCAGAACUCUACUCUGAGAGAUAUACACCAGGCUCUAAAUGAAGGACUUGGAGAGGGCAUUUUUUAUCGAGGCCGGAUCCUGAUCGCUCUAACUGUGGAGGUCUACACUUCUCCUUCAGCUAAUAAUGAGGUCCCAACUGGUGCUGUGGCAAAGGUGAAAGGGGCUCUGGGUAAACUGGGAUUGAGGAAGAAGAGGAGCAGUAAGAAGAAGAACCAGGAGCAAAGCACAGGUUUGUACAGCACUAUAUCUGGAGACAGCACCGAGGACUUUGGGGAGGUUCCUGAAGCUGUAACCGUGGAAACAGAAGAAAUCCACCCACUUCCUGAGGGUUUUCUGGGGGAGAAGCAGGAGUUUGUGUUGUUUGCAUCGCUGUUUGAAAUCACCAUGAUGGACCCAAGUGUGGGCAACAAACCACUCAACUUUGAACUGUCCAUCGGUAAUUUUGGUAAAGCUGUGGAGGUGGUGCGGAGGCGCGCUCAGAGCAGAGAGGAGCUGCAUAGGAGCCGUCAGGAGCUGAGUGAGGAGAGCCAGGGCCUUCUGGAGUCUGAGGAAGAAUUGGACCGAGACCCGGACCCAGAACUGAACCCAGAACCAGAACCUGAGAACCACUCUGUAACUGAGCCAAUGAAGGCAGAGUACACCGAGUAUGACAGGUCUUUCCGGUGCAUCCCUCUCCAGUCACGGCCUAAACCCUGUCUCUGGGUCCUGUCCCGGUUUGAAGACCACAGUCCUCGACUGUAUCAGUCCAGCUGGCUCCACAAGAUCUCUGACCGCCUGGAGCUGGGUCUGGAGCAGGUGGAGAGGCUUCUGAGGAGACCAGGGUCCAACGCCAAGAACAGACUGCAGGAGGUGCUGUUGGAGCUAAUCGCAUCCUGCAAACAUUUCAGUGUUUUUUCAGACAGACGCUCUCAGUUCAGACCCAACACUUUGGACCGCUGUCGUAAAGACUUCCUCAAGAAGAACCUGGUGAUCUUGGCCCGUCAGGCGGUCAGAACGCGCCGGAAAAUCACCAAACGAAACAUCAAACAGAAACUAACCGACGCCAGGAAGAUACUCAAGAAGCUUCGCCUCCUAGCUCAUGAGCCUCAGAGCACAAUUCCUGAUGUGUUGCUAUGGUUACGCUGUGGUAGAAAACGAUUGGCUUACGUCCGGAUCCCCGCCUACUCCAUCCUCUUCUCAGUGGUGGAGGAGCAGAAGGGGCGGGACUGUGGCCAUGUGUCCACUUUUUACAUGAGGUCGCCGGGCUCUGCUCCUGGGGAGGUGUUUGUGAAACUGGAGCUCUACCUGUGGCUGGGACAGAGUAAAUACAGUAAAGAUGCUGUGGGCUCCUUACCUGAGGACUUCACACCCAUGCGUUUACCUGAGGAGGGGGUGGGGCCUCCCACCAAACAACUUCCUCUUAGCCUAGCCUGUCAAGACAGUCGGUAUUUCCAGCUCCGGUGUCACCUGUACCAGGGCAGGAGCCUGUUAGCUGCAGAUGAUAAUGGGCUCUCGGAUCCAUUUGCCAAAGUGCUGUUCUCCACCCAGUGUCAGGUCACCAAGGUGCUGCAGGACACGUUGUCUCCGGCCUGGACCCAGUGUUUACUCUUUGACAGAGUUUUAUUGGAGGGAUCCAGAGAAGAACUGGAGCUAGACCCACCCCUUGUCAUCAUCAACAUUUACGACCAGGACGCCAUGGGCACUCCGCGGUCUCUGGGUCGGGCCUAUGCAGAGCCGCAGAUCAAACGUGUGGAGGAGCUGUACUCUAAACCUCAGCUGAAGUUUUACGACAUUUCUCUGGGAAAAGUUUCGGCCGGAGAACUGCUUGCUGCGUUUGAACUCAUCGAGUUUGAUUACUCUGCACCGGGGGAGCCCCGUCUCCCUCGAAGUCUGGACCCUCAGGAGUUGGAGGAGGCCGAGGACCGCACCUUCCUGAUCCCAGAAGGAGUGAGACCUGUGCUCAAAACGUUUAGGAUUGAGGUCUUGUUCUGGGGCCUUCGGGACCUGAAGAGGGUGCAGCUUUUUGAAAUAGAGCGCCCCCUGGUGAGAGUGGAGUGUUCAGGAAAAACGCUUGAGUCAGAGGAGAUCGAAGAUUACAAGAGCCAGUCAAACUUCAAGGAUGUGGUGCGAUACCUGGAUGUGGAGCUUCCAGAGCAGGUCUACCUGCACCCGCCCCUGACCCUGUUCGUGGUGGAGCGGAGGGCGUUUGGGAGGUUGGUCUUGGUGGGGUCCCAUGUGGUCCACAGCCUGAUGUCCUAUGGCCCAAAGGAGCUGGGGGCGGAGUCAGACCAAGAGGAGGAGGGGCCUAUACAAAAAGUUGUGCAGAAGGAGGUGAAGGUGGCUCCUGUGGACACUGUGGGAAACUUGGGACUGAGCUCUCUCAACCUCAAACAGAGCAAGAUCCCAAUCAAGAACCCUCUGAAGGUGGUGUCCAGCAGACUUCUAAAGGAGGAAGAGUUGGAAGAGGAGCCAGUGGAGCCAGAGGAGCUCGACUGGUGGUCCAAAUACUACACCUCAUUACAAGAAAGGGACAGAGAGGCUGAAUCUCAGAGAGAACUGGAGGAACAAGCAGAGACAGAUGGGGUCAAUUUGACCAUGGCUAACAUUGAAGACGAGGAGGAGGAGAUGGUGGUGGUAGAAACAGAACCUCCAAAGAGAAAGAACAUUGCCACUCUCACGUUGUACAGUGGUGAGUUAGAGGCUCAGUUCCAUCAGUUCCAGGACUGGCUGCAGAUUCUGCCCCUGCUUAAAGGCCGAGCUCUCGGGGACUCUCUGGAGGAGGAGCCAGUGGAACGCAUCAUGGGGAAGUUCAAGGGCUCGUUCCUGGUGUACCCGAUCGACCCGGAGGCAGACAGCCCAGUGCAGAUUACAGAAGGCAUCCCCAAAAACUCCCCCAUCAAAGUCCUGGUCCGAGUUUACAUCAUUAAGGCCUCCAGUCUCUCACCCACUGACCCGAAUGGAAAAGCAGACCCCUACCUCCUGCUCCAGGUUGGGACCCAGAGUCAGGACACAAAGGACCGUUACAUCCCCAAACAACUCAACCCCGUCUUUGGAGAGGUUUUUGAGUUUACGGCCUCAUUUCCAUUGGAGACUGAGCUCCUGGUGAAAAUUCUGGACCAUGAUAUGGUUGGCGCGGAUGAUGUCAUCGGUGAAACUCACGUGGAUCUGGAAAACCGCUUUUACAGCCGUCACCGGGCAAGCUGUGGACUGCCCCUGUACUAUGACACAGAAGGGUACAACAUGUGGCGGGAUGCAAAGAAACCCACCACCAUUUUAACUGAGCUCUGUCAGAAAUACAACAUACCAGACCCAGAGUUCAGGGCCAACGAAGUCAAAGUCCUCAACAAGAUCUUCAAAAUACCCCCAGACGCCAUCCCCGAGGCCCUCGUGAAGCAGAACCAGCUUUCGGAGGUCCAGAGGGCAGAGCUGGAGGAGCACAUGGCCCUGGACGUGCUCCAUCACUGGGCCCAGAUGAGCGAGUUCAUCCCUGGAGCGGUCCCCCUGGUCCCGGAGCACGUCGAAAUAAGACCUCUAGUGAACUCCGAUAAACCAGGAUUACCCCAGGGGUUCCUUCACAUGUGGGUCGACAUGUUUCCCACAGACGUCCCAGCUCCGCCCCCAGUCAACAUCAAGCCCCGCCUCCCAGUGCAAUACGAGCUGCGUGUGAUCAUCUGGAAUACAGACGAUGUGUUUUUGGACGAUGUAAACCCUUUCACCGGAGAACCCUCAUCUGACAUUUACGUCAAAGGGUGGAUUAAAGGUCUGGAGGGAGAGAAGCAGGAGACAGACGUCCAUUUUAACUCUUUGACCGGAGAGGGCAACUUCAACUGGAGAUUUGUGUUUCGCUUCGACUACCUGCCCACCGAGAAAGAAGUGGUGUAUAAGAAAAAGGAGUCCAUUUUCUCUUUGGAGGCGUCGGAGUUUCGUCAGCCGGCUGUGCUCACGCUGCAGGUCUGGGACUAUGACCGCAUCCUCCCCAAUGAUUUCCUCGGUUCCAUUGAGUUGCCUCUCUACGACAUGGUGCGUCCGGCCCGAUCCACAUCCAAUUGUUCUGUGAAAAUGACGAAGGACCGAGCGUCGCCGCGGGUUUCCAUCUUCAGGAGCAGAAAGCUGAAGGGCUGGUGGCCUCUGACGCGACUCAAAACUGCAGAGGACUUUGAGAGAGAAGAGAAAGAGCGAGCGUCCAAGAAGAAAAAGGAGAACAAGAAAGACAGACGCAGCAAAAUCAAAGCUGAGGACCUCCAGUUUAUCGACGCCAAUGGAGCCACACAUAUACUGAUGGGCAAAGUGGAGGCAGAGCUGCAGCUGGUGACCCUGGAAGCAGCUGAAGCCAAUCCGGUCGGAAAAGCCCGGAAAGAACCAGAACCUCUGGACAAACCAAACCGUCCCACCACCAGUUUUUCAUGGUUCUUGAAUCCAAUGAAAACUUUCGUGUUCCUGAUUUGGAAAAACUAUAAGUGGUACAUCAUUGGUCUUCUCAUCCUGAUCAUCCUCACCCUCUUCCUGGUUUUAACUGUCUACACUCUGCCUCAGAACAUCUCCUCACUCAUUGUUAACGGAUAAACCUCACUACAUUACCCAUAAUCCUUUACUGCUGAAAGUUCGCAUUCCAGUAUUAAGCUCUUCUACCCCAUAUCAACAAGUAUA